CAUUUUGAAACACGAAGGGGUGUUGGCGUUUUGGAAAGGUCUCACGCCGUACUAUUUCCGAAUAGGUCCCCACACCGUUCUGACGUUCCUUUUCUUGGAACAGUUUAACGCGGCUUACAGAAAAUAUGCCGCGUAGUGAUCCCGAAAUCGAGCAGGUCCUUGAGGAAAGUGGUCCCGAAUACCUAUUCGAAGAUCCUCAGCGAGUACUUCUCCCGUCAGGCCUGGAGGCGAUUGAGUGGAAAAGAUGUUCGGAGGCCUUUCGAGGGGCGACGUUCGUGGUUUAUGUGAAUCGCCAAACUUAUCCGGACUUACUCGCUGCCAAUCGCCAUUUGCUCCGAAGCGAAUUCUAUAGAACCUUCAUCGCCGCCCUCUAUUACUUGCCGUACUUGGACAAGCUUUGGAGGCCUUGGUAUCACGUCUACUCCAACUGCAAGGUUGCCAAGAGCCAACAGGAGCACAGGCCGACGUACAAUGCGAUAGGCAAGUACGUGGUGCGCGCGCACUGGAUGGGAACCUGGAGGAAACUCUACGUAGAUGACACGGUCCCGUUGGAUAAACGCCGUAGAAUAUUGCUGCCAGUGCUACAGGACCAAGGUGCGUCGAGUAAGCCUCCGGACAAAUGGACGUUCGAACUUUGGCCGGUACUGCUCUGCAAGGCGCUUCUGAAAUUGGCUUCACUGACUCUGUUCGACAACUUCAACGUGGUGCAGUGUCUGACCGGAUGGAUACCGCAAACGAUUAAGGCCAAGGACUUGUCUUCUACGGAACUAUGGCAGCUUCUAAUGAACAACGUCGAAGAAUACCGAUGGGGUCAAUGCAACAACGUGCCGCGUUACGUCUUUGUCCGUUGCGACGAACAUCAACGUUUCAGUGACGCUGGAGGUCCUUACUAUAUCUUGGCGAGUCAAGUACGAACCGUUCCGUUGACGAAGCCCCAGCCGAGACCGGAAAUCGAAUUGUGGAAAACGUAUCGCUACGAGAAAUGGGCCAUGGAAAAGGGCAUUCUGCCGCCGGACGUCACCAAAUUAAACAUACAAUCGUUAAAGAUCGUUGAUUGUUUCGCCCGAAACCGCUUGCAGCCAGAGUCGCAAACACACUCCUAUCAGAAAUUACAAAAUGGGGACCAAUUGCAACCCGAUCCAUCCACGUGGAUAGAUUUCCACAACUUAGAUGUCCGUAUCGAUCAUUUGGUCGUGUACUUUGAGCCGCGUUUUUUUGCCUCCAAAUACAAAGUGUCCGACAUCAACUUCUCAUCCAAGAGCAGCGAUUUUCAAUAUUUACUCCACGACCACCGUUUUAAACCGGUUUACGUAUUUACCGACUCUACGGAUCUAAAGUUCUUGAUGUUGAACUUGGAGCAAGCUGGCAACUUAACAGUGUUAGAACCACAACCACGUCACGUCCAAGAAGAACAGUCCGAACUGUCCCUACAAGUUCACGCAGAACCACGAGAUAUGUGUAUCGAAAUUUUGAUGACUAAAACCUCUUCGCCACGACAGAGCACUCCUGCGAGCAGCAUUGCGCAAGCUAGUGAGGAAGGAUUAAACUCGGCGAAAUGCCAAGCGAACCCGAUCAGUUGUUUGUUAGAAGAGUACGACUGGCAAUCCAAAGGAUUCGGUACGAUACGCGCAAGGCUUAGAACUGUGGGUUCCAAGAGUUUAGGGGUGACGCUUGAGCCCGGCAGAAAGUCGUUCAGGAUGUGGGUAGCUUCCCGCGACUCGUAUGUCCUGCAGGUUUUCAGCGACAAGCCGCUCCGGAUCGGGACGCUGCACGGUCACCUCCAGGCGUGCGCUCAAGAAUCCGAACGGAUCAUAGAUUUCGCCAGACUGGUGUCCGCCAGUUUCUGGCGAUUGGUUCAGUCUUUUGGUUCGCCGGACCACGCGGCCAGCCUUAGGCAAUUUUUCGACUCUUACACACCUAAGACGGACAUCGCCAGACUAGAGUUGAUUCAAAUCCGGGACGCGUUAGUCGACGAACUGUUCGAGACAUUAACCGAGAUAGUGUCCGUAGAUCAUUUGAGGUUGUUGCUCAUCCGAAUCAAAACCUUUGACGGCAGGCGGGUUCGAUGUGGUGACCACAUUGAUCCCACGCUACUGAUAACCGACGUUCAAAUCGGGUACGCACGAAAAAUGGAAGAAGCCGCUGCAAAGUUGCAGUCUUACUUUAAAGGAGUCUACGUGAGACGUCGCGUUAUGCUAAUCAGAGGGCGUCACAAGGAGUAUUCGGCGGUAGCCGAACAGCUGAGGAAGACGUUUUCGUCUGUAAACCUCGACAUCUGGAUCCGGAUCGUUAGAUCGUUCUCGGAAAAAAUGGCGAGAAAUAAAUUAACGCGGCACUUUGACGUAGUCGAAGACCUGGACCACGUGCUGGACGUUAAAGAGUUCAAAAUUGCGGAACAAGUCGGGGAAGAGGGCUGGGCGUCGAUAUGCCGAUACAGUCUCGACGUGAAUUCGGUUCAACCGGUAACAAUCAACCUGUUCACCAAUCUUCCACGUUCAUGCGUCAAAGUGUUUGAUAAUGAUCACCUCGUCGCGGUCGCGCGGUACAAUGUGGAAAUGUUCGGAACCAACGUCAACGGUUACACCGUCCUCGGUUACGGACGAUGCGAAGGAGUCCAGACGAUGAACGCCACGUUGGUGGUGGCGGCGACGAAAAAAGCGGCGCGUCGCGCCACCGUGGCGGUACGCGACACUAAUCCCGUCUCCGUUCACUUCCGGGGCAAUUAUAUCCCCAAUUGGGAGGGACUCGUGUGCAGGUAUCGCGUGGAGAGCGAGUCGAGUUGCCUACUCACUGUCCACUUGGACACCUGCAGUAACGACGUGCCGGAAAUAAGGUUGCGAUUUCGCGACGCAGAGGGCGCGGUUAUCGGCGAACGCGCGGGAGCAGGCGCGGCAUUGUUGUCGCUCGUGGCAUGCUCGACGUCGGGGAAAUACGUCAUUGAAGCGAACGUGGUGGGGGAAAGUUGGAGCCUGACAGAGGACGAGUGGAGGAAUGUUAGCGAACGCAGAGUGGACGCGAAGAAACCGACAACGGAAGGUAGAAAACCAGAUAAGCUAGAAAGGCCGUAUUACGUUCUGACUAUCGUUUACGGGUCAGGGGACCGUUUGCGGUUUGAGGAUGAUCGAAGCAAGAUCGCGACCAGGCACGGCAUGAAGAAAGAAUGGUACGAGAACGAGCCGGACCGAUACGAGCGCGGGAUGCGGUCGAGGGACGCGUACUUAAAGGGGCAUGCCCGCGAAAGCGACGAAGCGGAAAAACGAAUCGGCAAACUCAGGGAGAUAAAUUACGAAGCGGCCGACGUUGACCGAAUUCGGGAAGAAAUGAAUCGUUGGGAACGCGAAGAAAAAGAGCAAUUCGAAGCUGUCACGCAUUGGUUUUCAGCUAUACGAAACGAGUCGGCGGCCAUGUUGGAACAGUCCCGAGUUUUGAUCGAUCGCUACGGGAACACGACCGAGUCUCUAGCGAAGAAAAAAAGAGACAACGGGAAAAAAACAAAAAGAUUGUAAACAAUGUCUGCGGUCUAAAUAAAACGGUAAAGAAGUGAGAAAGACGUUUGAAAAAUUAUUUUAUGUUAUUAUUAGAAAAUAUAGGCGCGCGCUAAGCUA